UAUCGGCACAAUCGAGGGGUAUCAUCCAAAAAAUUAGGUGAUGCGGCAGCCGGGACGACGAGGUAAUUCGGGGGUCUCGUUGCGUGCGCUUACACAUCUUCUCUCUUUUCUGUCUUGUCUGCUUCUUGAUACGCGUUUCUUUCUUUCCUUGCAUAUAUACCCGGCGUUCAGUUUUAGUAUAUACCAAUCGCCAAAAUGGAGAACCUUCCCACCACUUACGAUGGCCCCGUCCACAUCGCCGUCAUCGGCGGCACCGGCCUCUCCAAGCUCGACGGCUACGUCCCCGUCGCCGCCCUCAACCCCGUCACCCCCUGGGGCUCUCCCUCCUCCCCCCUCAUGAUCUUCGAGCACAACGGACACGCCGUCGCCUUCCUCGCUCGCCACGGCCUCUACCACCAGCUCGCCCCUCACGAGGUUCCCGCGCGCGCCAACAUCGCCGCCCUGCGCUCCAUCGGCGUGCGCACCAUCAUCGCCUUCUCCGCCGUCGGCUCCCUGCGCGAGGAGAUCAAGCCGAUGGAUUUCGUCAUCCCCGACCAGAUCAUCGACCGGACCAAGGGCAUCCGCCCUUUUACUUUCUACGAGGGCGGCGUGGUCGGGCACGUCGGCUUCGCCGACCCCUUUGAUGCCGGUCUGGCCGCUGUGGUCGAGAAGUGCGCCUCCGCGAUGAAGGGCGACGGUGUCGUCCUGCACAACAAGGGCACCAUCAUCUGCAUGGAGGGACCCGCCUUCAGCACCCGCGCCGAGAGCCACAUGUACCGCUCGUGGGGCGGUAGCGUGAUUAACAUGUCUGCUCUGCCCGAGGCUAAGCUCGCGAGAGAGGCGGAGCUGGCUUACCAGAUGAUUUGCAUGGCGACCGAUUACGACUGCUGGCGCGGCGAGUCGGGCGAGGAUGUGGAUGUCGCCAUGGUCAUGAAGUACAUGGCUGCCAACGGCGAGAACGCUAAGCACCUGGUUGGUGCGGUGCUGGAUGAGCUGCUUAAGCAGGAUAACAGCGAUUUGGUGCUGGCGAAGAAGUGGCAGGGUAGUGCGCAGGGCGCGGUCAAGUUCAUGACUAAGCCUGAGGGCCGUGAUCCCGAGGCUAUGAAGAGGGUUGAGUUCCUUUUCCCUGGGUUCUGGGAGGAGAAGUAAAGUGUGACGUGGGCUAAAAAAAAAUCGGGGUCAAGUGGUAAAUAUUUUCACGAAAUCUGCCAUGAUAGUAAUGGAAAUGAACUGGGCUAUACAGGAGGGCUCUUCAGGAUUGGGAAAACGCGCGUAGACUUGGCGUUGCGUUAUAGAUAGCGGCAUAGAUAUCCUUUUGGUUCAUACAAUUUAACGACAUGCUUCACAUUUUUACUGA